GUUGCAUCCAGAAGCGGCGGAGACCCAACAGACGCUUAUCAUUCCUGUUCUGGGCGAGGCCUUGGCUGAUUUUCUUUUCUGACCUCAUAUCUUUUCCAAAGUCUCUUCUCUUUCCAGUACCCACACUGUCACGCGACCUCACUACACUCACCAAAACCUCCAUCUCAGAGGAAUUGAUAGGACGCGAUGAUAUUGGGCGCCUAGUGAGAGGAUGAGACCUUUUCAACCGACCAGUCGCCUCUCAACCGACAACGACUACGAGGAUGAAACCCAAAAAGCGAGACACCAUGCCCACCGACAUAGAAAUGGCCGCUUACGGCAGCAGAGGCGGAGAUUCCUCCUUCGCCCAAGGAAGUUCAUGGAGUAUCCGGGAACCCUUCGGAGUCGGCCACGUUCCGGCAUGGGCACGGGGUCGCCAUCGCCAAGAACCGAGGUUGCGAAGGUUCAUCGACUCGUUCAAACGAGACCCGGUCCGCCGAAUAUCAACACAUGGCAUUUAUGGACAUGGCCAUCCUGAUCACUAUCGUGAUCAAGCACAAGACUCCUCUGAGCCGAGCUUUGAACCGACGAGGGAAAGAAGUCACUACUUUGACUUGCACGCCGCCAACGUCAGGACGGCAAACACUGGUCUUGCCCGAGAGCUAAAGGGGAGACACUUGCAGAUGAUUGCCAUUGGUGGUUCAGUUGGUACCGGUUUGUUCGUGGCCUCGGGCAAGUGUCUCUUCCUAGGAGGUCCGGCCGCUCUCAUCAUUGCAUAUGGCUUCGUUGGUAUCAUGCUUUGGUGUACCAUCCAAGCUCUCGGUGAACUGGCUGUUGCCUUUCCCGUCGCCGGUUCGUUCUCGUCAUACUCAACAAGAUUCCUUGAUCCAGCAUGGGGGUUUGCUAUGGGGUGGAACUAUGCCCUCCAAUGGUUAACAGUCCUACCACUCGAGCUCGUAGCAGCCUCCAUCACCAUCGGCUACUGGAACGAACAUCUUAACAAGGCCAUCUUCAUCACCGUCUUCCUAACAAUCGUCGUCAUGAUCAACCUCUUCGGCGUCAAAGGCUACGGUGAAGCCGAAUUCGUCUUCUCCCUUGUCAAAGUCACCGCCGUCACCGGUUUCAUCAUCCUCGCCGCAGUCAUCAACAUCGGCGGCUUCCCCGACGACCCCCAAGGCAACACCGGCUACAUCGGCGGACGCUACUGGGAAAACCCCGGCGCCUUCCACAACGGAUUCAAAGGUCUCUGCUCCGUCUUCGUCUCGGCCGCCUUCGCCUUCACGGGGACCGAACUCGUCGGGCUCGCCGCCGCCGAGACCGCCAACCCACGCAAAUCCCUACCAACAGCCAUCAAACAGGUUUUCUGGCGCAUCACCCUCUUCUACGUCGUCUCCCUCACCUUAAUCGGCCUCAUCGUCCCCUACAACCACCCCCGCCUCCUGGGAAACGUAACCCCCGGAAAAGAGAAAGAUUCCUACUCCGUCUCCGACACCUCCCACUCCCCCUUCGUCAUCGCCAUCGAGUCCGCCUCCAUCCAAGUCCUCCCCGGCAUAAUGAACGCCGUCGUCCUAAUCGCCGUGCUCAGCGUCGGCAACUCGGCCGUUUUUGGUAGUUCCCGCACCCUCGCCGCCUUAGCCGACCAGCGCCAAGCGCCCCAAAUCCUUGCCUACGUCGACCGCAAGGGCCGGCCCCUCUUCGCCAUCCUUUUUGCAGCUCUAGUAGGCCUAAUCGGCUACCUAGCCGACCUCAAAUUCCAAGCCGACGUUUUGAACUGGCUCCUCGCCGUCUCCGGCUUAUCCUCCAUCUUCACAUGGGGCUCCAUCUGCCUCUGCCACAUCCGCUUCCGGCGCGCCUGGGCGCGGCGCGGCCGCAGCCUCAACCAACUCAGUUUCACCGCGCAAGCGGGUAUAGCAGGCUCCUACAUCGGCCUCUUCCUCAAUUUCUUUGUGCUGAUAGCGCAAUUCUGGACCGCCGCGUUUCCGAUCGUCACGUUCACGGAUAAUCAGAGUCCUGACCAUGCGUCGACGUCCAAAGUCGUGCAGACUUUCUUUUUGCAGUAUCUGUGUGUGCCGAUUGUGGUGGCGUUUUAUUUGAGUCAUAAGUUUUGGUUCAGGACGAGGAUCGUGAGGAUUGAUGAGAUGGAUUUGGAUACGGGACGGAGGAGGGAUGUGAAUUUGCCGGUGCUGUUGAUGAGGGAGAGGGAGGAGGUGGAGGGGUGGCCGGGGUGGAAGAGGGUUUAUCGGUUUUUUUGUUAGCUUUGUUGGCUUUCUUUGUUUGGAACUGUUUUUGGGAGGGAGGAAUCUUUUGCUGGAACCUUUUUGGGACCCAUGGGAUAUGAAGCGAGGCGUUUAGAGUUAGUUGCUGGGCUAGAACUAGGAGCGAGCUUUGUGACAGAUUUUUUUAUAUAUUUUUUUUUAUUCUUUAUCAGCUUGCAAUGAUACCACGGCCGGGACUUCCAUUGUUAUUAUACACCACACGUACAACUAACUGUAUGACCAUGAAUGGAGAGGAAUAAUGAG